AUGCCCGUUUACCCCCGACCGGAUUUCCAGCGUCCCUCGCUCACCUGGUCCUCCCUGGACGGCCCCUGGGACUUCAUCUUUGACGACGUCGACGUCGGCCUGUCGCAGCGCUGGCAUCAGACCGGAAUCCCCGCGAGCGCUUCCCAGCUGUCCAAACGCCAGAUCCAGGUGCCGUAUGCCUUUCAGACCCCCGCCUCCGGAAUAGGCCUUUACGAGGCCCACGAGGUCCUGUGGUACGAGCGCACCAUCCACGAUAUCCGCACGCCCGAUGAACGCGCCGCCGGUCACACCUUGAAGCUUCGCUUUGGCGCCGUGGACUACGAAUGUGCCGUUUGGGUCGAUGGUCGCGCCGUCGGAGGACACCGUGGGGGGCACGUCCCCUUUGACGUCGACGUGUCGGAUGCGUUCGCGAGCGCAGAUGAUGCGCCACGCCGACUGACGCUGCGGGUCAGGGACUCCACGGAAGAUCUCACUCAGCCGCGUGGGAAGCAGUACUGGGGCCCUGUGCCGCAGGAGAUCUUCUACACGCCGUCGAGCGGUAUCUGGCAGUCUGUUUGGCUGGAGAGCGUGCCUCGUUGGCGACUGGGCGACAGCAGUGAAGGGACCGUGCUGCGAUCGGAUGACAUCGACGGCGGGCAGCUUCAUGCUCGCGUGGCUGUCGUCGAUCGUCCAGCCUUAGUGGAGGGGUCGGUUGAGAUUGAAGCCACUUUGGAUGGGGUUGCAGUCAGUAAGAGCGUCGCGAAACUGCUGCGUGAGAAAGACUGGGUUGCGUUAGACGUUGACAUGCGCGUUCCCGGCGCCAGCACGUUGCAGACCCGCGCACCGUUUAACGUCAAGGGAAGCUGGCGCAACGGCGUCGCUCUGUGGGCUCCCGAGCAUCCGAUCCUGUACGACGUGGCUAUCCGACUACACAGCGCCCAAGGAAACCUGCUUGAUGAGGUCAACACCACGACCGGCAUGCGCCGUGUUUCCUGGCAAACCGGCGACGGCACCUUCCGAUUGAACGAUAAACCGAUCUUCCAGACCCUCGUGUUGGACCAAGGAUACUGGCCCGAAACGGGCUUGACGCCUCCGUCCCAGGAGGCGCUGCGAGAGGAUAUCGAGAUGGCGCUGAAAGUGGGCAUCAACGGGUGUCGGAAGCACCAGAAAGUCGAAGACCCUGUGUUCUACUACUGGGCUGAUCGACUUGGGUUCCUGGUCUGGGGAGAGAUCGCGAACGCCUACGAGUUCAGCGACGAGUAUAUCUCCCGGUAUAACAGCGAGUGGACGGAGGCUGUCAAACGAGACAUCAACCACCCCAGUAUCGUGGCCUGGACACCAUUCAACGAGAGCUGGGCCUACACCUCGCUGAAUGAUAACGUCGAGCAGCGGAACCACAUCCGCUCUGUCUAUUACUUGACCAAAGCCCUGGACCCAACCCGCCCUAUCAACGACAACUGCGGCUGGGAACACGUUCAAACCGACCUCACAACCUUCCACGAUUAUACCGACUCCCCUUCUCUUACCGCAACCUGCGCAGACUUCGAAAACGGGAUUCUCGGCCAGAAGUCCAACCGCGAGUUGUUCGUUGGGCCGAUCAAAUCCGGCUCCGUGGUCCUCGACCCCGGAACGCAGCAUAAACCCGGCGCACCCGUCAUCUGCUCCGAGUUUGGCGGAGUAAAUAUCAUUCCGUCCAAGGGCACAGCCGCAGGCGACAGGGACUGGGGCUAUACCACGGCCAGCGACCCGGAGGACUUUCUUGGCCGGCUGGAGAAGCUGGUCAUGGGCGUUGUCAAGGGCGGACAUAUUUGUGGAAUGGUGUAUACGCAAUUGUGUGACAUCGAGCAAGAGGUGAACGGGCUCUACUCGUACGAUCGGGAGGAGAAGGUCCCUCCACACCGGGUCAAGGCGAUCAUGGAUGCUGCUCACAAAUAUUAUUUUGAUCAUGUCGCGCCAAAAUAA